GCAGAGUUGCUUAAUUGGUUAUAAGUUAAAAAUAUGUCUCGAAUUGAGAAGAUGUCCAUCCAAGGGAUCCGAAGUUUCGGCCCCGAGGAUUCAGACAAGGGAAUCAUAAGCUUCUUUACACCGCUCACUCUGAUUCUGGGCCCCAAUGGAACGGGGAAAACUACAAUCAUUGAAUGCCUGAAGUACAUGACAACAGGAGUUAUGCCCCCUGGUAGUAAAGGUGGCGCAUUUAUUCACGAUCCUAAAGUGGCCCAGGAGCGUCAGGUGAAGGCACAGAUCCGACUGCAGUUCCGGGACGUGACAAAUAAUCGCAUGGUCAUACAGAGGAUUAUGGAGGCCACUCAAAAGUUAAAAAAGAUAGAAAUGAAAACGCUAGAUGGUGUGAUUACCCGCUAUGAUGUUAAUGGAGAAAAGAAGAGCAUUAGCUCCAAAUGUGCUGAGAUAGACAGAGAGAUGAUUACAUCUCUGGGUGUUUCCAAACCAGUUCUGGAGAAUGUCAUCUUUUGUCACCAGGAAGAUUCCAACUGGCCUCUGAGUGAAGGAAAGGCUCUGAAGGAAAAGUUUGAUGCUAUAUUUGCUUCCACCCGAUACGUCAAAGCUCUGGAAACCAUCAGGAAGUUAAAACAGACUCAGGACCAGGAACUUAAACUUUACAAACAGGAAGUGACCCACCUUAAACAGCUGAAAGAUAAAUCAGAACAGCUUGAAGCUGACAAAAAUGAAAGAGAAACAAAAAUGAUGGCCUGUCGGGAAACAGUAGAGAAGAUUGAGGCCAAGUUACAACCAGUUAUAGAGAAGCUAGACCAAAUUGGGAAUCAGUCGGACAAAAUUUACAGGAUACAGACCAAGAUAGAAAAGUACAGAAGUGAAAUGAAAAUGAUGGAGAAUUCAGCAACAGAACUCAGAAGUCAAAUCAAAAAUGAAUUUCAAGGUUCUAUGGAGGAGCUAAAGAAGGCAAUAGCUGAGUUUGAGAACAUGGUACAAGAGAGACAAGAGACGGUGGAACAGUUUCAGUUGCUUCAAAGAGAAUUAAACAAGGAGCUGGAAAAACUUGGUCAGGAGCGAGGGAAUUUGUUGAUGGAAGUGGGAAAACUGGAGCAAGAGUCCGAGAGAUACAAAGACAAUAUGAAGAAAAGGGAUGCUGAAAUAAAGAAGCUUGCCACAAAGUACGAUAUUGAAGGAUACAGUAGAGGGGAGAUGUCUGAUGAACAGUAUCGAGCAUUCAUGGACAUCAUGAGAACAAAAAUAGAAACUUUACUGGAGGAUGGAAAAACCGUCAAAGCAGACUAUGAGGAGAAGGACACCAGCAUGCAGCAGAGAUUGGAUGAGGUUCGCGACAAGAAAACUAAACUAGAACAGAACGAACGACUCAAGACAAACCUUAUGACAGAGAAUACACAGAAGAUUAAGCAAAUCAACAAAAAGCUGAGUGAGGUGGAGGCUUCGGCCGGAAGGAGGGACCAGAUCAACAGGGACCUCAAACGAGCGGAACAUGAAUUAAGCACAACAGAGAAGUCAGUGAAUGUAAAUGAAAUUAAAGAAAAGAUUGAGUCUCUGUCCAAGGAGAAGUCUAAACUGGAUGCCAUUAUCAGUGAUCUAAGUUCUGAGAUGAACCGGCUUCACCUUCAGUCCAGCGCUCGAGCCCAGCUGGAGGUUCUGAAGAAAGACAAGACAGCUAAAGAGGAACAGAUCCGCAGAUUGCGUGCCAAACAGGAAGACACAUUGAAACACCUGCUGGGGCACAUGCCUGCUAGGAAUGUACGAGGAGAGCUGGAUGAGUAUAUAGGGGAACAGACUGAAUCAGUGAAGCGUUUGAGUCAGGAAAUACAGGCAAGCAAAAGCAAGCUCUCCAGUAAAGAGGCAGAGAAAAAAAUGAUUGGGGAAACUCUGAAGAAAAAGGAAGAAGAAUUUAAAAAUGUGGAGGAGAGAAUCUUUUCUGUGUGUGGGAGUCAGAACUUUGAUGAGGGAUUGGCUUCUCUACAAGAGAAAAUGUCCACAGCACAAGAUCAGAGGGGAUCUUUGUUGGGGGCGGAGCAUUUCUUCCAGAAGUAUGUCAGUGACCUGGAGAAACAGGACCCAUGCUGCCCACUUUGUCAUCGAGAAUUUGACACAGAUCAAGAGGUCAAGGAACUCAUUAUUGAGUUGAAAAACAAGUUGAGGAUGGUACCAAGCAAGUUACAGAAAUCGGAGAAGGACUUGGAUGAAUAUCGUACAAAGUAUGAUGCCAUGAAUCAACUGAAGCCUCUUAAAGAAAAUAUUGCAGUGUUAGAAAACAAAGAAUUGCCACAGCUGAAGAAUAAACUGAAGCAAAUUAAUGAAGAAAUAACCAAGCUUAGAGAAGAUAUUCAAACAAAAGAGGAGGAACUGAGUAUCCAGGAGCAGGACGAUGAGAUGGCCAAACAGAUCCAGCCAGACAUUGUCAUGAUGGAUCGGUACCAAGGGGAGGUUACUGAGUUAGAGAAGAAGAUUGCUACAGAGAGUGCUAAACUCUCAGGGGGAGAUUCUGACAGAACACUCCAGGAUGUGAUUAAUGAAAAGGAAGAUUUACAGAUGAAAGUUGAUUCCUGCAAUAAGCAGCUGGACAGUCUGAGACAGAAACUAAAUCUUCACUCUGAUGAAGUGCAGCGUUUGAAGUCUGAGGUGAAUCGACUGAAGGAGGAAAAGCUUCAGAUUGACAGUGAUUUACAACAGCGGUACAAACUAGAGGAGGACAAGGCCACACUACUGAAUGAGAAUGAUCAACAUGAAAAAGAGAUAAUGGAGUCAAAGGAACAGAUAAGGCCAUUACAGAUUCAGUUGGAGAAACUAAAGAAAGAGAAAGAUCAACUUCUACAGCAGAAGGAAGAACACAUGGAGCAAAUGAAGAAUGAGGUUGAUAAAGUGAAGAAUGAUACAGCAAAAGUAAAAAAUAUCAACCUGGAAAUCAAAAGCUAUAUUCAGUCAGGGAAGGCAGAAACGUUAGCACGGAACAAAGAGCGUCUGACCCAGAUAGAGGACAAAGCAGGGAAGAAAGAGGAGGAACAGAGGGAUUACACAGAGAGUCUGAACAAGCUACGCGAUGAGCUGGCCAAAAAUACUGAGAGGGAGAGAGAAUUGACAGACAAUCUUAGACUCCGACGACAUCUUAAAGACAUUGAGAAAGUGAAAGAGAACAUUGAAGAGCAGGAAAAGGAACUGGGAGGGAUUGACGCCAAACAUCUGGAAAGAGAGAGACGACGUCUGCUCAGGGAACAGGAAGAACUACAAAAAGAGAAACAAAUGUCUGAGAAUCGUAGAAUUGCCUUACAUGGUGAAUUCUCCAGCAUCACAAAUGAACUGAAAUCAGAGAUGUACAAGAAUGCUGCUACGAAGUACAGAGACAAGAUGAUCAUUCUGAAGACAACAGAAUUAGCCAGCAGUGACUUGGAGAAAUAUUACAAGGCACUCGACAAAGCCAUCAUGAGUUACCACAAUAUGAAGAUGGAUGAAAUCAACAAGAUAAUCCGAGAGCUCUGGAGGAAUACCUAUAGAGGAAACGAUAUUGAAACAAUAGAGAUUCGUUCUGAUGACGAUGAUGCAGGUCUUACAAAAACACGGAGGACAUACAAUUACAGGGUUGUGAUGUUAAAAGGAGACACAGCUCUAGACAUGAGGGGGCGCUGCAGUGCAGGUCAAAAGGUGCUUGCUUCCUUGAUAAUAAGAAUGGCCCUGGCUGAGACUUUCUGUUUGAACUGUGGCAUCCUGGCACUGGAUGAGCCAACAACAAAUCUAGAUAGAGAAAACAUAGAAAGUCUGGCCCUCGCCCUUGUAGAGAUCAUUAAGUCUCGGUCUAGCCAGAAGAACUUCCAGUUGGUUGUCAUCACACACGACGAGGAUUUCGUGGAGUUACUAGGGAGAUCAGAUUACGUAGACGAGUUCUGGAAAGUCCGAAAAGAUAUCAAUGCUUGCUCAAAAUUGGUAAAAGCCAAGGUGGAAGAUUUACACAGCAGAUAAUGGAAGAUUUACACAGCCAAAAAUGGAUGAUUAACACAAUUGAAAUUGGACAAUCUGCUCAGCAGAUAAUGGAAGAGAAGAAUCCCAUCUGAAUGGACUUUUUGUGCUAAAUGUUUUUUGUUAGCUGAUUAUUGUUUAUUAAAUAUGAAAAAAAUGUGAA